AUGAAAGAGUAUAAAAUAGUAGUGGUCGGAAAUGGAGGCGUCGGGAAGAGCGCUUUGGUAAAUUAAUUCUGUUUUCCGAACUGUUAGAAGAAUCUUCAGACCAUGCAAUUUGUGCAAGGCGUUUUUGUGAGCAGCUACGAUGCGACUAUUGAGGACAGCUACAGAAAAGCAACUAAUAUCGAUGGCCAAGUUUGUCGCCUCGAAGUAUUGGACACCGCCGGAACGGUGAGAUCAUCACAUUUUCGUGAUAAAGAAGCAUUUUUUCGUGAUUAGGAGCAAUUCACGGGGAUGCGCGACUUGUACAUGAGAAACGGACAAGGAUUCGUUUUGGUUUUUUCGUUAAGUGAUAUGAAUAGUUUCAACGACAUAAGAGCAGUGAGAGAUCUAAUCGUCAAAAUUAAGCAGUCUCAAGCGGUGGGUUUUUUUUUAAUACAUUUUUUUUUUGAAAUUUCAAAAAAAUUUAGGUCCCCAUGAUUCUUGUUGGGAACAAGUCAGACCUUCAAUUUGAGAGAGAAGUUCAAUACUCAACAGCCAACGCCUUAGCUAAGUGA